AUGGAUGUAGCUCUCCCUCCUAUGAUGAUCUCCUCGGGUUUUUUGCCAACUGGGUCCUUGGUGGAAUCACUGAUUCAUAUAUCCAGUGAAGUUGUUUCAGUGGAAAACCUUCCUUUCAUACAAUUUAGAAACAUUUCAACCAUGAUAAGGAGGAUCAAACUUCUUUCUUCUUUGUUUGAAGAUAUAAGAGAAACAAACAGUCCACUUCCUCCAUCUUCCAUCCUGUGUCUCACCGAGCUCUUUUCUGUGAUCCAAAGGGUCAAGCUUUUGAUUCAAAGGUGCAAGGAUGGUAGCUCUCUCUGGGGUCUUGUACAGACACAGUUUUUAUCCAAUCAAUUUCACGUGCUAGUCAAGGAAAUGGGCGGGGCACUUGAUAUUCUACCUUUAAGCUUGCUUAAUUUAAGCACAGAUACAAGAGAGCAAGUUGAACUUCUUCACAAGCAAGCAAAGAGGGUUGAUUUGCUUGUUGACCCUCGAGAACUUCAAAGAAGAGAGGAGCUUCUACAAAUAAUGGCCAGCAAUAAUCAGAAGAACAGCAGGAACAAGGGAUUCGUUGAUUUUGUCAAAGUGAAAGAAGUUUUGAAAUGCAUUGGUUUGAGAAGUCCAUUGGAUUGCGAAGAAGAAAUUUCCAAGCUGGAGGCAGAAGCAGAGAAGCAGGCAGGCACGGGAGGACUAAUUGUGGUUUCCAAUAUAAACAAUCUUAUCUCUCUUGUUACACAUUCCAAGUCCGUGAUUUUCAUUGACAGAGAUAAAGAGGAGAUCAAAGAAAACUUCAAGCAGCGGUCUGCAGCCAUGAAUAGAACUCAAGAUGUUUCUUCAUCUUCUCAUUCAAUACUUUCAAAUAUACCUGAUGAAUUCCGAUGCCCUAUUUCCCUUGACUUGAUGAAGGAUCCUGUGUUAGUCGCAUCUGGGCACACUUACGAUCGCAAUUCAAUUGCUCAAUGGAUCAACUCAGGGCAUCAUACAUGUCCUAAGAGUGGGCAAAGACUAAUUCACAUGGCCCUGAUACCUAAUUAUGCACUGAAGAGUCUGGUGCAUCAGUGGUGUCAAGAUAACAACGUCCCAUUAGUAGACAAUCCAUCUUCAUCUUCCUCAAAAUUUGAGAGAAGCAGCAGCAAGAGCAAAUUAAGCGAGAAAGCUAUCGAUCACAUUUCUGCCACAAAAGCUGCCAUGGAUGCUGUCAAAAUGACCGCUGAAUUUUUGGUUGGUAAGCUAGCAAUGGGGUCCCCAGAGAUUCAGAGGCAGGCGGCUUAUGAGCUGAGAUUAUUAGCGAAAACUGGAAUGGAUAACCGCAGGAUAAUUGCUGAGGCAGGAGCCAUACCUUUUCUGGUGACAUUACUGAGUUCUACUGAUCCAAGAAUUCAAGAAAAUGCUGUCACCACCUUGCUUAACCUUUCCAUAUUGGACAACAACAAGACAUUAAUAAUGGCUGCUGGUUCAAUUGACAACAUAAUAAAUGUUCUUGAAUCAGGAAAAACUAUGGAGUCAAGAGAAAAUGCAGCGGCAACAAUCUUUAGUCUGUCAAUCAUAAACGAUUGUAAGAUGACUAUCGGUAACCGUCCUAGAGCUUUCUCGGCCUUGGUUGGGCUGCUGAGAGAAGGCACAGCAGCUGGAAAAAAGGAUGCUGCAAGUGCUCUAUUGAAUCUCUCUGUCUAUAAUGCUAACAAGGCGAGUGUUGUGGUUGCUGGGGCAGUUCCUUUGCUCGUUGAAAUAUUGAUGGAUGACAAGGCAGGCAUAACAGAUGAUGCCUUGGCACUGCUGGCUCUGCUUUUGGGUUGCUCUGAAGGGCUGGAGGAGAUAAGAAGGAGCAGAGUUCUUGUGCCUCUUCUUAUAGAUCUCUUAAGAUUUGGAUCGACCAAAGGGAAGGAGAACUCGAUAACUCUGUUGUUGGGACUGUGCAAAGAUGGAGGAGAGGAGGUUGCAAGGCGUCUGCUAAUAAAUCCGAGAAGUAUUCCUUCUCUUCAAAGCUUGUCCACAGAUGGUUCUCUAAAAGCCCGAAGAAAAGCUGAUGCACUGCUUAGAUUACUAAAUAGGUUCUGCUCGCAAUCCCAUAAUCCUGCUGGAUAA